AAUGCAGGUGCAAAGCCUAAGCUAACUAACACGUUUGUCUUUGUUGAGGUGUCUCAGGGGGAGAGCUCAGUCAAGCCUGCAGCUGAGGAUAUGACAUCAAAGGACUAUUACUUUGACUCAUACGCCCACUUUGGAAUCCACGAGGAGAUGCUGAAAGAUGAGGUUCGCACUCUGACCUACCGCAAUUCCAUGUUUCACAACAAGCAUCUGUUUAAGGACAAGGUGGUGUUAGAUGUGGGCAGUGGGACAGGCAUCCUCUGCAUGUUUGCUGCCAAAGCCGGAGCCAAGAAGGUUAUAGGGAUCGAGUGCAGCAGCAUCUCAGACUACGCUGUAAAAAUUGUCAAGGCCAACAACUUGGAUGAUGUUGUCACCAUUAUUAAGGGGAAGGUGGAGGAGGUGGAGCUGCCUGUGGAUGGAGUAGACAUCAUCAUAUCAGAAUGGAUGGGCUACUGCCUCUUCUACGAGUCCAUGCUCAAUACAGUCAUUUACGCCAGGGACAAGUGGCUGAAACCAGAUGGACUCAUUUUUCCAGACAGGGCAACUCUUUAUGUGACUGCCAUUGAAGACAGGCAGUACAAGGACUACAAAAUCCACUGGUGGGAGAACGUGUAUGGUUUCGAUAUGUCGUGCAUUAAGGAGGUGGCAAUUAAGGAGCCCCUGGUUGAUGUGGUGGAUCCCAAGCAGCUGGUCAGCAACUCGUGUCUCAUCAGGGAGGUGGAUAUCUACACAGUGAAGGCGGAGGACCUGACCUUCACCUCACCGUUCUGCCUGCAGGUGAAACGGAAUGAUUACAUCCAUGCUCUGGUCACCUACUUCAACAUUGAGUUUACCCGCUGCCACAAGAGGAUCGGCUUCUCCACCAGCCCAGAGUCUCCGUACACCCACUGGAAGCAAACUGUCUUCUACCUGGAUGAUUACCUGACUGUCAAGACUGGUGAGGAGAUCUUCGGCACCAUCAGCAUGAAGCCUAACGUCAAGAACAAUAGAGACCUGGACUUCACCGUAGACAUCGACUUCAGGGGUCAGCUGUGUGAGAUGUCAAAGACAUCAGAGUACAGGAUGCGUUAGAAGUUAGAAUUCCUAUCUCCCCCCACUUCCCCCAUGUUAGUUUAUCUUUAGAGUUCAGAAUAUACAGAUGACUGGGAGUCUGUACAGUAGCUUGAUGCUCCCCUGCAGUUACAUUGUCAUUUUCGUGUUCAAACUUUAACAGCAUUUAAAAGGUUUUACCAUCCUGGGGUUCAAAGUGCAUUGGCGUGGUGAUUCAUUGUGCAGUAGUCACUUAGCAAAAUGUGUCUUUGACAUGUACCUUGUGUUUGUGUCCAACAGCUUAUUGGGAUUUGCUAUUUGGUUUUUGUUCUUUUGCAUGUGCAAGAUCAAUAUAGACAGAAACAUGGACCAUUCCCACUGUUUGACAACUAUGGUGUUCAUCAAUAGUUUCCUGGUUUAAGUGAACUCCAGGGUUGUUAAUGCUAGGGGUUUCCCCCUGAACAUGUUAUUUUGAACAGCAGUUAGUACUAAGUAAACCCAAACUGAGAAACUCUGUUCAAAGUUAAAGAGUUGUGUAAAAACAAAUAGCUAAAAGUCAAGGCCAACAAUAGAGAUGGCACACGCAGAAAACAUUUCUGUUUCAAACAUCAGCAGUUGUGACUCUGGGAAGUAGCUGCAUGGAAUGUAGCUGUGUCUCAAAGCCAUACUACAUAUUCAUUCUACAUAGUAUGUGUGACAAAGUCUUCGUAGUAUUGUUUUAGCACGUUGUAUACCCAAUAUCAACAUAAUUUACCAUUUCAUAAUAGAUGAUACAUGUGAUUCCAGAUGUAAAUCAAACUGCAACUACUGCCAAUAAAACAUCACGAAUAAAAAAAAAAGAAGUUUUACAUCUGACAAUAAAAACAGCUUUCUUUAAACCAUUUGCAAUUUAUGUUAAUGUUUUUCAGCUGCAAGCAGCGUCUCAAUUUACUUUGUGUGUUCUGUUUUGGGAGGAUAGCGAGCAACGACAUGCGUAGAAUCAGUAUGUAGUAUGUAUUUGGGACAUGGUGCACAAGAGAUGCUGCGUACACUCAGGAAGUUGAUCCCAAUCAUAAUCACACUGGGCCUACAUCAGGUGGUAGCUGUUUGUAAUGCACUAGCUUUUUAUUUGGCCUAAAUCAGACCACAUAUUUUUGAGAAAAGCACCGUUCAGCAGGUUAAAGGGCCGCUUUCGGCUGGAAUUAACAAAAUAAGGUGGCCUGAUAGGAUCAGGCCCUGAGGCUCCACAGCUGUGUCAAUUCUCUUCAAAGUCUGUGUUUAUCUUGAUACAAUGUGUCUGAGGCUGCUUGAGUGAACAUAAAUGGUCGUACCUAUGUUGGCAUCCUGCAGAAACAGUUCUGACUCCUCACACUUGAUUUUUCUCUCAUAUUGUUUUUGGCUGCUGCGUUUUUUGUUUUUUGUUUUUUUUUAAAUAAAACUAAUAAACUGUAA